AUGGAAUGGAACGAACCAUGGAGACCCGAAAGUGACCUCAAGUUGGUCACAAUAGAUACGCAUAGUCAUGAGGAGAAGCCAAAUGAGCCACCUGGAAUGCCUCUCCGAUAUAGUGUCAUUCCCGAACGAAUUGAGGGUCCUAGACCUGUAUCUGGAAUGGUGUCCAUUCCAGUAACGACACUCAGCUUGUUUCUCAAGUUCCCAGGCUCGCUUCAAAUAUCUCUUUAUAUUCCCACUCUUGCCAACCUCUUCCUCUCUAUUCCGGUGUAUGACCCUCAAGACUGGUUGUGGGGAGAUCCGUCAAACUUUAGGUGGAAACUACCAGCACUACAUAAUCUGGCGAUAAUCGAACGCUAUGAUCGUCGUCCCGGGCCUCCCUCUAUUGCUUUGCCUUCUACCCACUCUUUCUUCUUGAAUCUGUUAACGGGUCAUUUCUCGAGUAUCCGUUCACUGCUUAUACACCCCAUGACUCUGCAAGUCUCCAGUCAACACUCGUCUUUAUGCUGGAAGAAGAUGCCAAAGUUGCAAACCCUUGCGACAAACUUUAGCGAUAGGGACGUACCUUCUCACAGAAAACAUUUCUUCAACAAACAAACGCAAGAUAUCGAGUCGAAAUCGGUUCGUCAUCUGAUUCAAUUCCACUUAUGGGCGGCCGGCUCGACUUCUAUGGCGAGUGAGCUACAGAGUCACAUACACGCAUGUACCAAUUUGGAAAGUGUGACAAUGGUAAAUGCUCCUGGCUUCGAUACUAGAAACUGGGUCACUAUGCGACCCGAGAAAGAAAUUGUUCAACUCAUCAAACUAUGUGAUAGACGUAACAUUGACUUGUGGGAACAAGAUCGUCUCUGUACUUUGAGAAAACUUACAGUCCAAGAUUCAAAACGAGAAAGCGAUACAGUCAUCUUUAGAAAUAGACAACUGCCCAAUAGUCCAAUCAGACAAGUCCGAAGUCCACAAUUCCAUUUUUCGAAUCUUAACGGAUAA